UGCGUGCGAUCAUAUAUGCGAAUUGCAUUCAGUGUGAAUACUCACUUAAUAAUUUUGCAGUUGAGCCUCAUUUUUCAAACUGAAUCGGCAAGGAAGAAAACAUCUCAACUUCCUUACCAAAACCGAAAACUGACAACAUCUAAUUUUACAAAAAUGAGUGCCGCAGAUCAGAUUUGUUAUACACUUAUCAGUGCUCCAAGUGAUACUGAGCAGCCAAAUGAAAUGCAAUUGAAAAUGGAUUUAGAAAAAGGAAACAUAAAGACCAAAAUUGAAGCUCUGAAAAAGACUAUCCACCUCAUUCUAAAUGGUGAAAAAUUUCCAUCCAUUUUGAUGACCAUUAUCAGAUUUGUGUUGCCACUCCAAGAUCAUACAAUCAAGAAACUCCUUCUGAUAUUUUGGGAAAUUGUUCCUAAAACCACCCCUGAUGGAAAAUUGAUGCAAGAAAUGAUUUUAGUCUGUGAUGCUUAUAGAAAGGAUUUACAACACCCAAAUGAAUUUAUUCGAGGAUCAACUCUACGGUUUUUGUGCAAACUAAAAGAGCCAGAGCUUCUUGAACCUCUAAUGAAAGCCAUAAGAGCUUGUUUAGAACACAGACAUUCUUAUGUGCGCAGAAAUGCUGUAUUAGCUAUAUUCACUAUUUAUAAGAAUUUUGAAUUUCUGAUUCCUGAUGCCCCUGAACUCGUAGCGAAUUUCUUGGAGACAGAGCAAGACAUGUCCUGCAAAAGGAAUGCCUUUAUGAUGUUGAUUCAUGUUGAUCAGGAACGUGCUCUGAAUUACCUUGGAUCCUGCAUUGAUCAAGUUCACACAUUUGGUGACAUAUUGCAACUUGUUAUAGUUGAACUUAUUUAUAAGGUCUGCCAUGGUAACCCAUCUGAAAGAUCUAGAUUCAUUCGUUGUAUUUAUAAUCUUUUGAAUUCCAGUAGCCCUUCUGUUCGGUAUGAAGCAGCCGGUACAUUAGUCACUCUUUCAAGUGCACCCACUGCCAUCAAAGCAGCAGCAAGUUGUUACAUAGAACUAAUUGUCAAAGAGAGUGAUAACAAUGUGAAACUCAUUGUUUUAGAUCGAUUGAUUGCUUUGAAAGACACUCCUGCACAUGAAAGAGUGCUACAAGAUCUUGUCAUGGAUAUUUUAAGAGUGUUGGCUGCAUCUGACUUAGAGGUUAGAAGAAAAACUUUAAAUCUAGCUUUGGAUCUUAUUUCUUCAAGAAAUGUUGAAGAGAUGGUUUUAGUUUUGAAAAAGGAAGUGACUAAGACUCACAAUGUGGCAGAACAUGAAGACACAGGAAAAUAUCGUCAGUUGUUAGUCCGCACUCUUCAUUCAUGUUGCGUAAAGUUUCCUGAUGUUGCCCCAGCUAUCAUACCUGUUUUAAUGGAGUUCUUAUCUGAUAACAAUGAACAAGCAGCUGCAGAUGUUCUUGCAUUCAUGCGUGAAGCCAUGCAGCGUUUUGAACAGUUGAGAAAUUUAAUUUUAACGAAAUUGCUGGAAUCAUUUUCCGCAAUCAAAACUGCCAAAAUUCACAGAAGUGCAAUGUGGAUUCUUGGAGAAUAUUGUGAAACUGUAGAAGAUAUCCAUAGUGUAAUGACAGAAUUUCGGCAGUGUCUUGGAGAGCUUCCAAUUGUGGAUGAUGAGAUAAAAAAAGCAUCUGGUGAAAACAAAGAAGAAAAUGAAAAUGAUGUGACAAUGAGUGCUCCUGUUCAAAAGUUAGUGACUGCUGAUGGUACUUAUGCUACACAGAGUGCUUUCAGUUCUGCACCAAUUCCAUCAAAAAAUGAUAAGAAGCCUCCAUUGCGUAUUUGCUUAUUGGCUGGAGAUUAUUUCAUUGGUGCUGCAUUGUCAGCUACUCUAGCAAAAAUUGCACUUCGAUACAUUACUCUGGUACAUGAUGCUAAAAAACAAAAUGCUUUUAUUGCUGAAUGCAUGUUAGUUAUGGCUUCAAUAAUUCAUUUGGGUAAAUCAGGAAUAGCUAAGAAGAACAUAAAUGAUGAUGAUCUGGAACGAAUAGCUCUGUCUAUUAAAGUACUUGCUGACCGUUCACCCCUUAUGAUUAAUAUAUUCAACGACGAAUGUAGGAAAUCAUUAGCUGCCAUGCUAGCUGCGAAACAUGAAGAAGAACUAGAACACCUUAAGGCUAAAGAGACAAACAAUGUUGUUAUCCAAACAGAUGAUCCAAUAACAUUCAGUCAAUUGACUGCCAAAGGAGAUGCUUCUGGGACUGAAAAUAUGUUUGAGCUAAGUCUUUCUCAAGCUAUGGGAGUGUUGAAAAAAGAUUCUGCAGCUGAUUUAAGCUCCUCUAAACUGAGCAAAGUGACUCAACUGACUGGGUUCUCUGAUCCAGUUUAUGCUGAAGCCUAUGUUCAUGUAAACCAAUAUGAUAUUGUCCUGGAUGUGUUGAUUGUCAACCAAACUUCUGAUACUCUUCAAAACUGUACUCUAGAACUAGCUACAUUAGGAGAUUUAAAACUUGUUGAAAAGCCAUCACCAGUAAUUCUUGCUCCUCAUGAUUUCUGUAACAUCAAAGCAAGUGUUAAAGUUGCAUCGACUGAAAAUGGCAUCAUUUUUGGUAACAUUGUAUAUGAUAUCAGCGGAUCAGCCAGUGACAGAAGUGUUGUUGUUCUGAAUGAUAUUCAUAUUGAUAUUAUGGAUUACAUUAUUCCUGCUACAUGCACCGAUCAAGAGUUCAGGCAAAUGUGGGCUGAGUUUGAAUGGGAAAAUAAAGUGUCUGUCAAUACUUCAUUGAAUGAUCUAAAAUGCUAUCUCAUGCAUUUGAUUGGAUUUACAAAUAUGAGGUGUCUAACACCAGAAAAGGCCCUGUCUGGUGAAUGUGGUUUCAUGGCUGCUAAUUUAUAUGCCCGUUCUAUUUUUGGUGAAUAUGCCCUAGCUAAUGUAAGCAUUGAGAAAAAUCCUGUUCAUCCUGAAGCUCCAGUGACUGGUCACAUUAGAAUUCGAGCUAAAAGUCAGGGAAUGGCCCUUAGUCUAGGCGAUAAAAUCAAUACAAGCCAAAAAAUGGCUUUGAAGACUGGCGCUUGAAAGAAGAAGUUUUAUUGAGUCAAAACAUCUUCAUUAUUUAAAAUAAGAACUUUUUUGACAUUCAAAGAUCAUGAUAUCUCAAAUUUAAAGGUAUAUUAUUAUACAUUGUAUUUUAAAAGCAUUCUUCAUUUUGUUGUAUGUUAAAUUUAUAGUAUUUUUCCAUGUAUAAAUAAAUCCACGUUGAAUAAU